AUGACCGCUUACAUCAGGACAGAUACCGCAUACAUCGGCGAUGCUUCGGGAUGCCCCAAAGUAAUUCCACGUUGUACGCUACUUCCACCACUUCUCCCCCCCACAACCCCCUCUGACCUCUCCUUGCCUUCGCAUGUUCUGAGUCAAUUCACCCCGCCCGCGACCAUGGCGGACGUCGACCCCGGCUCCGAGCCAAACACUCAAAUUAAUCUCCCUCACACCUCCGACUCCCCCGAUGAGAAGACCCCAGUGGAGAGCAACACCGAGCCUCAAAUGACCCCCGGGGUAACGGACGACAAUCCGACUUCACCGGAUGAGACCCAGUUAUCCAACCCCAUCGAGGAAUCCAAUCAACCUCAAGAACCCCUCGAAUCCUUUCAGGACCACCCGGAGGAGGAAAACAAACAAAAGAAUGGUGAUGACGACCAUUCAGGCACCAACGUUGUGGAGGAGCAGGUCCAGAUCGAGCAACAGGAACAAGACAAUGACGAUCAAGACAAACCAGACGUACCCCCCAAGGAUACUGAAGAUGCCCCCGAUGCCACCGAAUCCACCAACUUCCCCGAGCUCAAGACGGAGCCAAUGCCAGAAAUUCAAGAACCCGUCCCCGAAGACAACGCGCCCCCCGUGGAAACUCGAUUGCGAUCGGACUCUCGCUCGACCACACAUACCUUCAUGACCUCCAAAGGUGGCACUGUCAGCUCGGCCGUCUUCAUUAUCACAGCCCUGGAUGCCAUUGGUGCCUCGCGGGAGGCUCGGAAGAGCAAGGAGCUCGAGGACGCCGUGCAGGUGGCCCUGGCCAAUGUCAGGCAGGAAGGCCAGCAACCAAUUGACCCGGAACUGAUCUUCCGUCCAUUGCACAUGGCUAGCAAGACCCUCAGUGUCCCCUUGCAGGUCACCGCACUCGACUGUAUCGGCAAGCUGAUCACCUACUCCUAUUUCGCCUUCCCCUCCGCCGAGUCCGAAAACGAGUCCACCCCGGAACAACCUCCCCUGAUCGAGCGCGCCAUCGAUGCGAUCUGCGAUUGCUUUGAGAACGAGGCCACUCCAAAUGAGAUCCAGCAACAGAUCAUCAAAUCACUCCUGGCGGCGGUACUGAACGACAAGAUCGUGGUUCACGGAGCUGGUCUCCUCAAAGCCGUCCGCCAAAUAUAUAACAUUUUCAUCUACUCCAAAUCCACACAGAACCAGCAGAUCGCUCAAGGUUCGCUGACUCAGAUGGUCAGUACCGUGUUCGACCGUGUUCGCAUCCGCCUCGACCUGAAGGAACUACGGACCCGCGAGGUCGAGAAGACUGCCUCCAACAGCCUGGACGCGCCGGCGAGCGACCAGGGCCAAUUGUCCGAAACCGCAUCUGUGUCUGUCUCCGUGGCAGACCAGUCGGUCACAGAUCAACCAGUCACCAAGGAGCCCGGCGAGAAGCUCACCCUGCAGAGCUUCGAGUCGCCCAAGGAAGUCACCUCGGUCAAUGACAAUGCGCCGACAAUGGUCACACGGGCCAAGCGUUCCAACACUCGCUCGUUGUCCGGAAUUCCUGAAGAGAGGGACGACGAUAGCUCCGCCGAGGAUGAGGUGGAUGAGAUUUACGUCAAGGACGCAUUCCUGGUCUUCCGUGCUUUGUGCAAGCUGAGCCACAAGGUUCUGAGCCACGAUCAGCAACAAGACAUCAAGUCACAAAACAUGCGGUCUAAGCUACUCUCUUUGCACCUCGUCCACUAUCUCAUCAACAACCACACCAACACCUUCACUUCUCCCCUCGCAGCCAUCAAGAACAGCUCGACUAACCCAGAUGCCAUGACUCUACUCCAGGCGGUUCGCCCUCAUCUCUGCCUGAGCCUGAGUCGUAACGGUGCCAGCUCGGUACCCCACGUCUUCAAGGUCUGCUGUGAGAUUUUCUGGUUGAUGAUCAAGCACAUGCGAGUCAUGAUGAAAAAGGAGCUAGAAGUGUUUCUGAAGGAGAUCUACUUGGCCAUUCUGGAAAGGAAGGCCGCUCCAGCUUUCCAAAAGCAAUACUUCAUGGAAAUCUUAGAACGACUUGGAAGUGAUGCCCGAGCCCUUGUCGAGAUCUAUCUAAACUACGAUUGUGACCGUACCGCUCUCGAGAACAUCUUCCAGAACCUUGUCGAGCAGCUAUCCCGAUACUGCAGCGUGCCGGUUGUCACCUCGGCCCCACAACAGCAGGCUUUCCAGGAUCACCACGUCAAGAUGUCUACCCUCAACCCCCCUAUUCCCACCAUCCCAUCCGAUUAUGUCCUAAAGCACCAAGCCCUGGAGGGUCUUGUGGAGAUGCUACGCUCCCUGGAUAACUGGGCCGCUCAGCGUCCGGAAGAACAAAGCCCACAGACAGCAGCGCCCUCCAAGUCUAUGGACAACUCUCGUGAAUCUCUGGAUACCAAUGUCCUCUUUUCUCCGCGUCCAGAGACGGUCGAACCGGGCACCGGACGGUCUACCCCCUUGCCCGAGGACGAUCCUAACCAGAUCGAAAAGGUGAAGCAGCGUAAGAUUGCCAUGAUGAACGCUAUUAAGCAAUUCAACUUCAAAGCCAAGCGCGGAAUCAAGCUGAUGCUCUCGGAGGGUUUCAUUCGCUCGGAUUCGCCGGAGGACAUUGCUACUUUCCUGCUGCGCAAUGACCGUCUCGAUAAAGCCAUGCUGGGAGAGUACCUCGGUGAAGGUGAUGCCGAAAAUAUCGCCAUCAUGCAUGCGUUUGUUGACCAGAUGGAAUUCACUAAGCGCCGCUUUGUCGACUCUCUACGAGGAUUCCUGCAACACUUCCGUCUCCCUGGCGAAGCUCAAAAGAUCGAUCGUUUCAUGUUGAAAUUCGCUGAGCGCUAUACCACCCAAAACCCUAAUUCAUUCGCCAAUGCCGAUACCGCAUAUGUGCUAUCGUACUCCGUGAUCUUGCUGAACACGGAUCUGCAUAGUUCGAAGAUGAAGGGCCCGCGGAUGAGCAAGGAGGACUUCAUCAAGAACAACCGAGGCAUUGAUGACAACCAAGAUUUGCAGCCCGAAUACCUUAUUGGAAUCUACGACGAGAUUGCCAGUAACGAGAUUGUCCUCGACACAGAACGAGAACAUGCGGCCAAUGUCGGUAUACAAACCACCGCCCCUGCUGGUCUAGCCACUCGUGCAGGUCAGGUGUUUGCCACCGUAGGACGAGAUAUCCAGGGCGAGAAGUAUGCACAGGCUUCCGAGGAAAUGGCCAACAAGACGGAGCAACUGUAUCGCUCUCUCAUCCGGGCUCAGCGCAAGACUGCUGUCAAGGAUGCACUCUCCCGUUUCAUUCCUGCCACAUCAGAACGCCACGUUGGCUCAAUGUUCAAUGUUACCUGGAUGUCCUUUUUGUCUGGUCUUUCGGCCCCGAUGCAAGAUACCCAAAACAUCGAAGUAAUUCGUCUUUGCAUGGAGGGCCUGAAGCUGGCUAUCAGGAUCAGUUGUGCUUUUGAUCUGGAAACCCCGCGGGUAGCGUUCGUCACGGCUCUGGCCAAAUUCACCAACCUUGGAAAUGUUCGCGAGAUGAUGGCCAAGAAUGUCGAAGCCUUGAAGGCACUCCUUGACGUCGCCUACACCGAGGGCAAUCACCUCCGCAGCUCAUGGCGCGAGAUUCUUACCUGCGUCAGUCAGCUGGAUCGUUUGCAAUUGUUGAGCGAUGGUGUCGAUGAGGGCUCACUGCCUGAUGUUUCACGGGCUCCAACCUCUGAUUCCGCCUCUCGCAAGUCUAUGCAGAGCACACGCCGACCUCGUCCGCGCUCUGUUGGUGGGCCUACAGCUUUCCGCAUGGAAAUUGCCCAGGAGAGCCGAUCAGCGGACAUGGUUCGCGGCGUGGAUCGUAUCUUCACCAAUACCGCAAACUUAUCCCAUGAGGCAAUUAUCGACUUUGUCCGUGCUCUGAGCGAGGUGAGCUGGCAAGAGAUCCAGUCUUCCGGACACAGCGACUCCCCCCGGACAUACAGUUUGCAGAAGUUGGUCGAGAUCAGUUACUACAACAUGACUCGUGUUAGGAUUGAAUGGUCCAAGAUCUGGGAGGUGCUGGGUCAGCACUUUAAUCAAGUUGGCUGUCAUUCUAACACAACUGUUGUGUUCUUCGCUUUGGACUCACUGCGACAAUUGUCGAUGCGUUUUAUGGAGAUUGGCGAGUUGCCCGGUUUCAAGUUCCAGAAGGACUUUUUGAAGCCGUUUGAGCAUGUCAUGGCAAACAGUACCACUGCUGCUGUCAAGGAUAUGAUUCUGCGGUGCUUGAUUCAGAUGAUCCAGGCCCGUGGCGACAACAUCCGCUCUGGAUGGAAGACCAUGUUUGGUGUUUUCACCGUGGCAGCUAGAGAACCUUAUGAGGGAAUUGUGAACAUGGCCUUCGACCAUGUCACCCAAAUCUAUAAUACCCGCUUCGGAAUUAACUCCAAGUUCCAGAAAAAGUCGCUGCAAGCCAUUGAAACACUUAAGUCGACUGUCACCAAGAUGCUGCGAACUCCAGAGUGUCCGCUCUCGCACCGUGGCGAUGAUGCCCGGAACUUUCAGGAGGAGGGUACCAACCUUGCCAAGCAACUCACCCGCCAGUCGAAGGAGGAGCAAUUCUGGUAUCCCAUCCUGAUUGCAUUCCAGGAUGUGCUGAUGACUGGUGAUGAUCUCGAGGUCCGAUCCCGGGCCUUGACCUACCUCUUUGAUACGCUGAUCCGCCACGGCGGAGAUUUCCCACGCGACUUCUGGGAUGUUCUAUGGCGCCAGCUUCUCUGCCCGAUCUUUGUGGUCCUGCAAUCCAAGUCAGAAAUGUCCAAGGUUCCCAAUCAUGAGGAUCUUUCAGUCUGGCUGUCUACCACCAUGAUCCAGGCCCUGCGGAACAUGAUCACUCUCUUCACGCACUACUUUGAUGCACUGGAGUACAUGCUGAGUCGAUUCCUCGAGUUGUUGACCCUGUGCAUCUGCCAGGAGAACGACACGAUCGCGCGCAUCGGCAGUAACUGCUUGCAGCAGCUGAUUCUGCAGAAUGUGGCCAAGUUCCGCGAGGAGCACUGGUCUCAAAUCGUCGGGGCGUUUGUUGAGCUAUUCAGCAAGACCACGGCGUAUGAUUUGUUCACUGCCGCAGCCUCCAUGUCGAAGAUCACCGAAACAUCUAGCAUCAAUGGGGACCUCACCAACCAAACAUCCGAUGCCUCGGCGCCUUCAGAGGACCUGCCCGAUGCCAUGCAGCCCAAUGGAUCGCAGAGCACGGCAUCUCUCCAAGAAACCGGCGAUCCCCCUGUCCAAAGCGAAGCCCGCGCCGAACUCGAAGACUACCGUCCCGCAACUGAUUCUUCGCAACAGCCCGCUUCUGUAACGGCGGCGCGUCGGCGCUUCUUCAACCGGAUCAUCACCAACUGCGUUCUGCAACUACUGAUGAUCGAAACGGUGCACGAGCUGUUCUCCAACGAUACGGUCUACGCACAGAUCCCAAGCCCGGAGCUACUUCGACUGAUGGGCUUGCUAAAGAAGAGUUACCAAUUUGCCAAGAAGUUCAACGAGGAUAAGGACCUACGCAUGCAACUCUGGCGUCAAGGCUUCAUGAAGCAGCCACCGAAUUUGUUGAAGCAGGAGAGCGGUAGUGCCGCGACCUACGUGCAUAUUCUCUUCCGGAUGUAUCACGAUGAGCGAGCAGAACGCCAAAGCAGUCGCGCGGAGACCGAGGCUGCGCUAAUCCCGCUCUGCGCCGAUAUUAUCCGCAGCUUCGUCCGCCUGGAUGAAGAGACCCAAAACCGCAACAUCAUUGCCUGGCGACCAGUUGUCGUCGAUGUGAUCGACGGGUACCACAGUUUCCCGCAGGAGGACUUCGACAAGUACAUUGAAACGUUCUACCCAAUCGCGGUGGAGCUCCUGAGUCGGGAUCUGAGCCCGGAGAUUCGCGUUUCCCUCCAAGGGUUGUUACGGCGAAUCGGCGAGGUCCGACUCGGAGUUGCGCCGCCGAACCCGCUAGAUGCGCCGAUCAGUCCGCGGAGUUCGGUGUCACAAAAGAUGCGUCGGGAAUCUCAAUGA